AUGGCAUCGAAAAAAUCAAAAACAGACGUUUUAAUAAAAAAAGCUGCUGGUUUAUCACUCGAUGAAAAUGUUAGUGUAAGCGCUCAAGCAGCCAAUUUUUAUGCAACUCGAAAUGAGACUGAUAAAAUUAAUUUUGCUCGUCUUGAAAAAGGACUUCUUUUAUUUAUUUAUGUUUAUGAAACAGCAAAAGAGAAGUUGGCAAUCGAAAUGGCUCUUUGGGAUCAUCGUCUUUGUUUUUACAUGAUCAAAGAUGGAAAAUGUACUAAACCAUCUGGUGAAUGUUAUCAUGAACAUCAAUCAACAUAUCGACAAACAAAUCUGUGCUCUUUCUGGUAUAUAAAUAAUGCAUGUAAAUUUGGUUCAAAGUGUAAACAUUCUCAUCAUUUUGAAGAAGUAUUAAAAUAUCAUCAGUUUAUUCGUACAGAAACCGAAAUGAAUGUAUAUAAACUUAUUCGAUUUAUUCGAAAUUUCGCUGGACAUUAUAUUGAUUCAGCGAUUAAAGAUUCAAAUGAUCAACAAGAUUUAUAUAAAAAUAUAAUUAUUGUUAUGGUUCAUUUAGUGCAUAUUUUAAGUCCUAAACAGCAGAGUUCAAUUGAGCAUUUGAAUUUAUUUCUUGAAACAACAACAAUAAAUCAAUUAAUUUCAGAAGAUCUUCUUGUUACACUUGAAAAACCCUAUGAUAUUCCAGAAAUAUUCUUUGAUCUUGGUAUGAAUUUUAAUGCUUAUUGGUAUCGACAGAAUGCAAAUAAACAAUGUAUUGAUUUCAAUCGAUUAUCAUCUGAGUUUAUCUCAUUUUUCAACAAUAUCUUCACCGAAUACUAUGAAGGACGUCUUAAAUCACGUGGUGCCAAGGCACCUUGGUGUAGAAAUCAGAAAAAAACAUAA